UUUAAUCGCAUUUUCCCACUGUACUAUUCACUCGGGAUCAGCACGAGAUAAAACCUAACCCGAUUCGCCUCGAAGCUCAGAUGUUUUUCCCUGUGUGUUCGCUUCUGCGACAGAGAACCGUUUGACCGCGUUGUUGUUGCUCCGUAAUCUGCUCGCUCCUUUCCACUGUAUCCGUGUCCGGUGCAGUGGAGAAGAAAAGGAACAAUCGCCAUGGACAAGAGCCACACAGUGAAGCUCUUUGUGGGCAACCUGGCGUUGGACACCACGCAGGAGGAGCUGUCGGCCAUCUUCGAACCCUACGGCCAGGUGGUCAGCUGCAGCGUGCUGCGGCAGUUCGCCUUCGUGCACCUGCAGGGCGAGGGCGCCGCCGAGCGCGCCAUCCGCGAGCUCAACGGGCGGGAGUUCCGCGGUCGGAAUCUGGUGGUGGAGGAGUCGAGGGGGAGGCCGCUGCACUCCACCAAGGUGUUUGUGGGUAACCUGAGUGGCAUGUGCACCACGGAGGAUCUACAGCAGCUGUUCCAGACGUUCGGGAAAGUUCUCGAGUGCGACAAAGUCAAAGCCAGGCAUUCCUCUUCCACAGGCUACGCCUUUGUGCACAUGGAAAACAAGGAGGAUGCUCUCCAGGCCAUCGAGGCCCUGCACGGCACCUCAUUUAAGGGACGCCCCCUGUCUGUCGAGCUGUCCAAGGUCCAGCCCAGCAAGCAGGCACCUACAGGGAAAAUCCCCUGUGUGAACUGUGGGAAGCAGGGCCACUACGCUGGAGAAUGCCCCGUGGGGAAGCCGUCUCUGGAGCAGUACCAGAGUCAAGCGGCCGUGCUGGCCGCUGCUGCCGCCGCAGCCGCUGGGCUACCCCUCCAGGUCCAGCAGAGCGUGCACAACUCGGUCUACAACACCACCUCCUUCGACCCCACGUAUGCGGCUCUCACUGGAAUCACCACGGGCACACGCACGGAUGGCAACCCGGUCAACCCGGCGGUUUAUGGUGCCCUUGCCAGCCAGGUGUAUGGCGCCAACGUUGCCAAUCAGCUUUACGGUUCGGUGGCCAAUCAGGCGGCUCUUACGUCCGCCGCCACCCAAGUGUACAGCUCAAUGACGCCCAACAUCUACGGCCAGGUGGCUGCUUCCCCGGCAGCUGCUGCCGCCGCUGCCGCCGCUGCCUACUCCACUCCAGUUUACACCCCAACUGUCGGCAACCACCAGGUCUACCUGACCGCUGCUCCUGGGAUCGAGAUGCCAGCAGCCGCAGCUGCAGUGAACACCGCCUACUCCGUAGCGCCAGCGAUCUAUGGCGCCGCCACGCCGGCUUAUGCUCACAUCAGCGCCAUGGGAGCAGCGGACCCCACCACGGCCAUCUUUGAGGCAGCAAGACAGGCACAUUACUUUGCCCAAGGCCAGCAGGUUGUGGCCGAGCAGCAGUCGGCAGCGGUGGCCGCAGCAAAAUCUGGUGAGAGGGACCGCAGUCCCCUACGGAGGUCAGCACCCCUGCUACCAGACCCCGUAUUGAAGCCGUUCAUUUACCAGAGAGCCAAGCCGCGCCGCCCGCUGCUCCCGACCCCAGCAGGUCGAGCAGCAGAAGAGGCUGUUGAGGCUGUCGAGGACCCCAUGGCCAGGUACUAUGCCGAGUACUACCAGCAGCUGCAGCAGUACCCCCAGUUCCAGUACGCCUACCCGCCGCCGAGCGCCAUGACGGCCAUCGCCGGCAUGCCGGGAAUGUCGGCCAUGCAGAUGCCCACCAUGUCCGCGAUGUCGGCUCAGCAGGUCGCCGCGCUGGACGCCCUCAGGCCAGUGGUCCCCACCGCCGCGGCAGUGGCAGCCGCCAUGGCCGCGCCCAGGGUGUAUGAGCCGCCGUUGCCGCCGCCCACGCGCAAGGAGGCCAUCCUCCGCCGCCCCGAACUCUCCCUUCACACGCCUGAGCCCCCCUUCCGAUAGCCACACGCAACUCUCUGCCCCCUCCCAUCCCUCCCUCUCUGCCCUGAACACCCCCACACAUUUCCUCCUCCUCCUUCUCCUCCUCCUCCUCCUCCACCCCAAACUCGACCACCUUACAGCAGCUGUAUACGUGUGUGUGAAUGUACGAGUGUGCGUCGGGAUGUGGGGUCGGGUUUGGAAACUUCUCCCUGGGUUUAUUAACCUGCUCUAUGAGGGACUUGGCGAGCUGACCUGGGUCUUGUUCGCACACACGCAGUGCAGCCAUGGAAAGCUCUCGUCUGUUGUACGGGCAUUAUUUCCGCUUCUCCGGUUUUUUUUGUGUGUGUGUGUGUUUCCUUUAUCGUGCCAGUCUCACACUUGUGCCAGUAUUAGACCGACCCUGUCGGUUGUUUCCAUAUGCCUUUAUUUCUUCAAGCCAGUUUUGAUUUUUCUACGGCCAAAUCUACGACACGUUGGUUUUGGAAUCAGUCAUCACUUCCUCACUCGGGUCCGGGUCAGACUCUCCACGUUCACGCAGUCACACUCCAGGCUCAUUCUUCCCGGAGCACGGCAUUAUUUCCCAGUCCAAUUGGUGGUUUGUUUGGGAAUAAUAAUAAUCAUUUAGAAGAAAGAAAAGAUGGUAACCAUGGAAACUUGCUCCAGUUUAUAUGAGGAAGCCCACUGGUUUCUAAACAUUUACAGAGAACAUGAAGGAACAGAAACGAGGGCACAUCUCCUGCUGCUGAAAUGCAACGUGAGAUGCAGUGCGGCCCCCGUUAGAGUGCGAACAGAACCACGGGGAUGUACAGCAAGUGGCUCUCGACGGAUGCGGGACGCGGCGAGUGUGACCCGGCUCCUCUUUCGGGCCUAGAUGAUCAGUCAGGGCAGCUAAUUUGAAACCUUUUUUGCCUUAUGAUUUCUAAUGUAAUCAGAUGGGACGUUCAGAAAAACCACAUUGUUUACUGGCUGCACUGCAAUGUGUCCCAACAGGAUCGAGGUUGACGUGCUGUGGUGGGUG